AUGACGAAGAACUCGCUAGCGUUUUCCAGAGACGAAGCCGUCAUCAUGGACCAUGUAGCAAGGGCAACGGUUAAUUUAGCGGUAUUACGAAGGCACGAUAGGAAUAUUGUAGAGAUUAUGGAUAACUCUAGUCACGUAGUGCUGUACAAAUUCUCUAACGAACAGCAGUGCUGGACAAAGAAAGGCGUUGAAGGCACAAUGUUUGUCUUUAAGAGAUGUACACAACCUGUAUUCGGGUUUGUCGUAAUGAAUCGUCUCGGAAUUGACAACGUAAUGCUCCACCUAACCGAUAAAAUGGACAUCGAGUUCCAGGAUGAUUACAUCAUCUAUCGUACCGAUGAUGAUGAUAUACAUGGCAUAUGGGUUUAUGAAGCGAAGGAUCGAGAAAGGAUUGGAAAGUUGAUGAUGGAAUGCUGCAAAUUGCAUAAAACAAUCGUUCCACCACCGCAGCUAGCGCAAUCACCAAUUAUUCUCCAUGAGAACGAUUCCACAUCUACAAAUACGAAUUCACAAACGGGAACCACAACUUCAGGGAAGGAACUGUUAGACGCAUUGUUUGCUAGUGCUGCAGAAGGAACACAGACCUCAGGGCAGACCCCGCCGAUAAAUAUGAAAUUUAAUUCAUCCGUUACCCAAGCAAUACAUUCUAUACACACGCCUCAGUCUGCCUCACCACCGCCCGGUUCUGUGAUCCCAUCAUCUACAUCUACAACAGCACUCAAUAAAUCGCUUCUAGAUCUUCUUUGCACCCCAACCAAACAUGGGCAAUCCUCACAACCACAAACUUCACAACCAAGUACUCCGUUCGCGGUCCCAUCGAUCGACCCGAAGCAGACAGCCACACCAUUCGCUGUCUCAUCAAGCAACCAGAAUUAUCUCAUUUAUUCUACUCUGCCUUCAGAAGGUGUUUUUAACGGUGCCACUAUUACAAAAGCCAAGUUAGGAGGGGUAUCGGAAUACUGUUAUGAAGAUUAUGGAUAG